AGCAUGACUCUCAUCACCAUCCUCAUCUGGACGCUGGCCUGCUGCUGUUUUACAGGAUGCAGCGGUCAGGUGACUGUGACUCAGCCUCCAGUAGUGACAUCUACUCCAGGAUCCACCGUCUCUCUCACCUGUAAGAACCAGCCAAGCUGUUUACAGAUGGUCUAGUGGAGCUGAGGAGAUGCACUGGUAUCAACAGAAAUCUGGACAGCCUCCAAAGCUCAUAAUAAGACAUGCGAUCACACGUGUAUCAGGAACAGCAGCUCGGUUUAGUGGCAGUGGAAGCAGCUCUGACUUCACUUUGACCAUCAGUGGAGUUCAGACUGAAGACGCAGCAGUUUAUUACUGUCAGAGUUACCACUACAUAAACAGUGCUGGUCUGUGGACUUUUGGUGGAGGAACCAAACUCAUCAUUAACUUGGGUGUGGUGCAGCCCACCCUGACCGUCCUCCCCCCCUCCAGAGAGGAGCUGAAGCAGGGCAGUGCCACACUGGUGUGUCUGGCCAGCGGGGGCUUCCCCUCAGCCUGGACGCUGGGCUGGAAGGUGGGGUGCAGCAGCAGCUCCUCAGGGGCGUCACACAGCCUGGAGGUCCUGGGGAGGGACGGCCACUACAGCUGGAGCAGCACCCUGAGCCUCCUUGCAGACCAGUGGAGGAAGGCGGGCUCAGUGAGCUGUGAGGCCAGUCUGAGUGGACAGAGGCCUGUCACUCAAAGCCUGGAGCCUGACCGCUGCUCAGAGUAGAGCUUCAGCAACACUUCCUGUCUGCAAAUGAUGCCGCUUCUUUGACAGAGAUCUGGAUGAAGCUCCAGAUCUCCUCUGUUCACAUGUUUCUGCAUGUUUCACAGCUCUCUACUCGGUGUUUUACUCUGCAUGUUGCUUUCUAAUACUCAUCUUCUGCAUGUUCUUCUUUAUGUUCAUUAAAUGAUUUUCACUCAAAGAGAAACUAUUCAUUCAUCAGAAAUGUGGCAUGAACAUUAAACCAUCAUUAAAUAAAACUGUGGAUUAUAAUAAA